CGACAUCACGACGCGCUGACGCUGGGUCUUGCGACUGCCUGCCGCUCCGUCGCAGAAUCGCUUCAGCGUGUGGACUAGGUCAAACCUCCUCCUGAUGCCAACAUGUCUCGCUGUCUCAAAUUGUUUAAGUUCGCCUUGGGAACCCCUCAAAGAGUCAACUCCAGACUUCUGUCAUCUAACCGGGGGCUCAGUAACGUCAGUCGGAUAGCCAGCAGGUCACUGUCCGGAGAUGCCCAUCUAAGACAGCAUCAGCAGCCUUUGGGCGCCCGACCCAGGCUAUGGAGACCGCAGCAGCUGGGGUUGACUCAGACCAGCUACUACAGCACCCAGGAGGCGGAGAAGGAUGAGAAAAUCCCCGAAGAGGAGCCUCUCCACACCAUCAUCAAUGACACAGAGAACGUGAAAGGUGACUUCUCCAAACACGAGUUUCAGGCUGAGACGAAGAAGCUGCUGGACAUUGUCGCCAGGUCUCUCUACUCUGAGAAGGAGGUCUUCAUCCGGGAGCUGAUCUCCAACGGCAGCGAUGCGCUGGAGAAGCUGCGUCACAAGCUGAUCACCGGGGGGGGCGACACGGCACCCAUGGAGAUCCACCUGCAGACGGACUCCGAGAAGCGCACCUUCACCAUCCAGGACACCGGCGUGGGGAUGAACCAGGAGGAUCUGGUGGCCAACCUGGGAACCAUCGCCCGCUCCGGCUCCAAGGCGUUCCUGGACGAGCUUCAGAACCAGGCGGAGGCCAGCAGCAGCAUCAUCGGCCAGUUCGGUGUGGGCUUCUACUCGGCCUUCAUGGUGGCCGACCGUGUGGACGUCUACUCCCAGGCCGCCGAGCCCGGAGCGCCCGGAUACAAGUGGUCCUCCGACGGCUCCGGGGUGUUUGAGAUCGCGGAGGCCAGUGGCGUCAGGCAGGGGACCAAGAUCGUUCUGCACCUCAAGGACGACUGCAAGGAGUUCUCCACGGAAGACCGAGUGAAAGACGUGGUGACCAAGUACAGCAACUUCGUCAGCUUCCCCAUUUUCCUGAACGGACGCAGGCUGAACACUCUGCAGGCCCUGUGGAUGAUGGAGCCCAAGGAGAUCAGCGAGUGGCAGCACGAGGAGUUCUACCGCUACGUGGCGGGGGCCUACGACAAGCCGCGCUACACCCUGCACUACCGCGCCGACGCCCCCGUCAACAUCCGCAGCGUCUUCUACGUCCCCGACGUGAAGCCCAGCAUGUUCGACGUGAGCCGCGAGAUGGGCUCCAGCGUGUCACUGUACAGCCGCAAGGUGCUGAUCCAGACGAAGGCCACCGAGAUCCUGCCCAAGUGGCUGCGCUUCCUCCGAGGUGUGGUGGACAGUGAGGACAUCCCGUUGAACCUGAGCAGAGAGCUUCUGCAGGAGAGCGCCCUCAUCAGGAAGCUGCGUGACGUCCUGCAGCAGAGGAUCAUCCGCUUCCUGCUCGACCAGAGCAGGAAGGAGCCGGAGAAGUACGCCCGGUUCUUUGAGGACUACGGCCUCUUCAUGAGGGAGGGCAUCGUCACCACGCACGAGCAGGACGUCAAGGAGGACAUCGCCAAGCUGCUGCGCUUCGACUCGUCUGCGCUGCCGGCUGGCCAGCAGACCAACCUGAUGGAGUACUCCUCCCGCAUGAUCGCCGGCACGCGCAACAUCUACUACCUGUGUGCCCCCAACCGCCACCUGGCCGAGCACUCGCCCUACUACGAGGCCAUGAAGCAGAAGGACAUGGAGGUGCUGUUCUGCUACGAGCAGUUUGACGAGCUCACGCUGCUCCACCUCAAAGAGUUUGACAAGAAGAAGCUCAUCUCCGUGGAAACGGACAUCGUGGUGGACCACUACAAGGAGGAGAAGUUCCAGGACAGCAAGCCCGCGUCGGAGCGUCUGUCGGAGGACCAGGCGGAGGACCUGAUGGCGUGGAUGAGGAACUCUCUGGGCUCCAGGGUCACCACCAUCAAGGUGACCCCCCGCCUGGACACCCACCCCGCCAUGAUCACGGUGCUGGAGAUGGGGGCUGCUCGCCACUUCCUCCGCACCCAGCAGAUGGCUCGCACCGUGGAGGAGCGAGCGCAGAUCCUCCAACCCACCCUGGAGAUCAACGCUGGACACGUCCUCAUCAAGAAGAUGCACGCGCUGAAGGACAGCGACUCAGAGCUGGCUGGACUGCUCCUGGAACAGAUCUACGACAACGCCAUGAUCGCCGCCGGGCUCAACGACGACCCCAGGCCCAUGAUCGCACGCCUCAACGACCUCCUGACCCGGGCCCUGGACAAGCACUGAGACCCCGCAGCAACCACAGACACACAGCGCCAGGGCUGCAAGGCAGUGGCCUGAAUAGACUGAAGCGGGAAUAGAAGCGUGUCCCAUUCCCAGGCAGCCCCCCCCCCCCCCCCCCCCCUCCUGCUUGGGAAAGAGACUUGUAUUCUACUCAUUAAAGCUCAAGAAGAAGAACGGAUGCUGAAAUGGGAGAGGGGAGGAGUUCACUGCUAAAGCCCGUCCCCAAAACUUCUGUGCAUUAUUUAUGGUUUGUGUUCCUGUGCAGGUUUGGAGUCCCAAGCUAAAUCUAAAACCUUGUAUCGUUCGGACCGAUGAUGGAACUGUAACGUUUUAUGCGUUUCGAUCAAUUCUAAUCUUCAAAAAAGUUCAUUUUUCCAUGUGGGUUUCCAUUUUGUAUUUUUAUUUAAAAUAUAACAUUUGUACAUGAUCAUCUUCAGUCUUAGGAAACUAUAAACUCGCCCAGUGCACAACGACGUAAAGAUUAUGAGCCAAUGUACGAGUAGACUCUCCGAGCCUGAUGGAAACCAGGCUCUUGAUCCGGUCGUGCUCAUCGACCUAACUUACAGUCGGGGGUUGUUGGAGUCCGGUGAAGCUGUACGGUGAAUAAAUCAUUCAUGAGACUCUUCA